CUUAUGAUCCAACCGUCAGUCGAGGGGAGUCAGUCGUUCGUGCGAAACGUCGUUCUAGCGCGUGAAUUAUCUUUGUGAAAGCUCGCCACCGCCAAACUGUCGCCGCCACCCAGAAACAAGAGCAUUGUGAAACGUGUGAGCCACGCAGGGUUAAGAAAGCAUAGAAAAAUAUCUAUUUCAGGAGUUCAGUCCCGUUGAGAACGGAAGCGGAAACUACCUGUGCUAUGCGGUGAAAAGGUGCAAGUUUUUGUGACAGUGAACGAAGAUACAUCCGAAUUGGCUCCUUAUCCUUGGGCCAAGGAGUGAGUUUCCAUUAGUGCAGUGCGGUUCUGAAAGUUAGAAACCAUUGGGGACAGGUGUUGCCAAAACUGGUCAUUGGCGAAAUCGCAAGGUGUAUCACUUUUCAGUUGUUGUCUGCCUUUUAGCACGCUACUCUGUGGAUUGCUACUCCUGGACUCCUUCCGACCGCUGCAGAAAAGCUAGAAGAUGCCAGCGGAAACGAAAACCCAACCGUCCGCUGGAACGGAAACUCCAACAAAAAAGAAGUCCAUCACACCAACAUCCAACAAGGCUGCGCUCGCACGAGUAACACUCUUAGAUGGCUCAGUAUUAGAAGUAACAAUUGACAGAAAAGCGAAAGGUAGGGAUUUGCUUAAUUCAAUAUGUGCCGGAUUGAAUAUUUUGGAGAAAGACUAUUUCGGUCUUUGGUAUGAAACGCCGGGAGAUCCACGUGUUUGGUUGGAUUUGGAUAAGCCUGUUGGAAAAUUUUUUAAAACGGAUCCGUGGGUGCUGUCGUUUGCUGUGAAAUUCUACCCACCUGAACCAGCACAAUUGCAAGAGGAUAUAACCAGAUAUCACUUGUGUUUACAGGUUCGCAAUGAUAUCUUAGAAGGUCGUUUACCAUGCUCAUUCGUGACUCACGCCCUCCUCGGAUCCUACCUAGUUCAGUCUGAACUUGGCGAUUACGAUCCGCAGGAAAUGAAAGACCGGAACUAUUUAAAAGAUUUCAAAUUCGCUCCAAAUCAAACACCCGAAUUGGAAGAUAAAGUCAUCGACUUACAUAAAACACACAGAGGUCAGUCGCCAGCCGAGGCAGAAUUGCAUUACUUGGAAAAUGCAAAAAAACUUGCAAUGUAUGGGGUCGAUUUACAUCCAGCCAAAGACUCGGAGGGUGUUGAUAUUAUGCUGGGUGUUUGCGCUUCAGGACUAUUAGUAUAUCGUGACAAAUUGCGCAUAAACCGUUUUGCAUGGCCGAAAAUUCUAAAAAUUUCCUAUAAACGUCAUAAUUUCUACAUUAAAAUCCGUCCUGGUGAAUUUGAACAGUAUGAAUCAACAAUUGGUUUCAAAUUGGUCAAUCAUCGAGCCGCCAAGAAAUUAUGGAAGGCGUGUGUUGAACAUCACACAUUCUUCCGUCUUAUGACACCGGAACCACCACAGAAGACCAGCCUAUUUCCACGGUUUGGUUCUAAAUUCCGUUAUUCGGGAAGGACAAUGUAUGAAUCAAGAAAGACACCCGUCGACCGUCCGGCGCCUGCAUUUGAACGCAGCUUAACUGGUAAACGCUUACAAAGUCGAAGCAUGGAUGCCUUAGCAUUGGAAAAGGAUCGUGAAAAGGACGCCAACAAAAGGCACACUAUGUCCCACCCUCCAGAUCAUAUUCCGGAUUUGGAUUCGCCGCGUCAAUCUCGUAGCCCACUCAAGAAGGACAAGAAAGAGAAGCUGAAGCGAGAAUCAAGUACUGGUACAGCUUCAGCGUCAUCACAGAGUUCGUUAGAAGGAGAGUAUGAAACAGGUGGCGCUAAUAUUACCGAACAGGUUAUCAAAAAGCCAGUCGGAGGGGUUUCUGUCUUACCACCAACUAAAAGUAAAAAGGAUAAGGAGGAUGAUAUUGCAAAUGGUAAUGAAUCAGACACAGAUGAAAAGUCACCAAGCAGGCGAGGGGUUGGCAUAUUUUCAUCGGGUCGCAAAUCUCCCAAACGAGAUAAAACAUCUCCUUCUAAAGACGAUAAACGUAAAAUCGCCGUGGCCGUUACCGGCGAAGAAUCACCUGAAUCUGGUGCAGGAAGCAAAAAGAAACCGAAAUACGAUAAUAAAGGUUUUACUCGCCCCUAUGAGUAUUCUGAAACUGAUCCGGAAACAAGCCCGACCAGGAAAAGUUACACUACAGGUGGAUUCCGUUAUGAUCAAGAUCCAAACGCUGGCAGAGAUGGUCAAGAUGACGGUCAACUAAGUCCAAAUUCACAAGCAAGACGCGCCACUGGAUUGGCAUUUAAUUAUGCUCCAGGUGAAGACGAUCAUGUAAAGGAGCAAGCACAACGAAUGAAAGUCGGCGAAUUAUCACCCAAAACUCGUGAUAAAUUGAACAAGGGUGAAUUGUCACCGAAGACAAGGGAUAAACUCUUGAAAGAAGGCAACUGGUCACCAAGGACAAAAGCGAAACUAAUGUCGCCAGAUGUUCAAUACUCUGAAGACGGAACUCCCGUUAAGGGUCGCUCAUAUUCUCCCAACAGCCGUCCUGGCCAAAUUACAGGUACACCUGGUUCAUAUAAACCAAUUGACCCAACAGGGGCAUUCUUAGACGCUGAAAGGUAUAAUAAAGAUCGUCCACCAAAACCAACUAAGAAACGAGUGAAGAUUAUGAUUAUUACUUCGAAACUUGAUCCCACUACAAAACGCAUCGAUACCGAGAAUGGUAAUAUCGAACAUUCCACUGGCAUGUUGGAUACUAACACGGGAUUAAUUGACUCGAAGCAUGGUCUUAUCAAUCCGCGAGCAGGAACAGUUGAAGUCUACAAUCCACAAACGAAUAAGAAGGAGACACAUAAGGGACAAGUAGACCCGAAGACUGGAAAUAUCCACUUGACGUCGGGCGUGAUUGAUCCGAAGACCGGUAAACUGGACAAUACCUUAGGUGAAGUGAUUUGUAUUGCUCCGCAAGACACACCAUUUGUGGAGAUUACUGCCGUGACUGGUCGAGUAGAUCCAAACACUAAGAGGGUAGACACAGUCAAUGGAGUAGUGGAACAUUCUAUGGGAGUUUUAGAUCCAGAUACGGGUAUAAUUUCAACGAAAUAUGGCGAUAUCAACCCGAGGACCGGCGAAGUUAAGGUAACCGAUCCAAAAUCAGGGAAAGUUACAACUAAACAAGCCAUUGUUGAUCCAAUAACGAGUCAAAUAACGAUUUUGGGAGCAGUAGAUCCAAAAACAGGAAAAACUGAUCCAAACACCGGACAUUUAAUUGAGAUUGGUCAAGCUAUUGAUCCCUUAGUAGAAGUCACGGCGAUUUCUGGCAAACUAGACAGUAAGAAGGGCAUAAUCGAACCAGAAUCAGCAUCAAUGGAAACUUCAGCCGGACAAAUUGAUCCUAAAACAGGAAGGAUCGAUACAAAAUAUGGGCAAUUCGAUUUAGUCAAACAAACAAUUACUUCGACAGAUCCAAAAACAGGAAAAGCAGUUGCUAAAGAUGCUAAGAUCGAUCCAGUUACUGGCCAAAUUACUCUCAAGAAUCAAGUGAAUCCAAAGACCGGUAAACCAGACAAAGACUAUGGCAGGAUUGUAUCACUGCGGAUUGUUAAGAAACGUGUGGACCCGAAAACUAAUGAGAUCAUCCCUGAAGCCAAGGAUAAAGACAUCAUUGUUGAUCCGAAAACUAAUCAAAUUUGGAUUGCUACAGGCAAGAAAGAUCCUCAAACCAAGGAGGCAAUAUACACUACAAGCAAUAUUGAUCCAAAGACUGGUUACAUCAUUCGCAUUUAUGGCUACCUGGAUCCAAAGACUAAUGAAAUUAAGAGACAGACACAUAUUGAUCCAAAUCUUAUGAAGGUUGAUCCUAAAACUGGAAAAAUCUACACCGCUACAGGCCAAAUUGAUGAGGCUACUGGUGAACCGCUAUACGCAGCCACUCAGGUUGAUCCUGAAAAUGGAGAAGUAUACUCUAAAGUGGGUAAAGUCGAUCCGAAGACCGGAAAGUUGGUGAUUGUUCGCGUGCUACUCUUAACCCGACCUGACGAAAAUGGUCAACCUAAAGAAAUAGAUCCAAAUGCAUGCGAUAUUGAUCCUGAAACUGGGCGUAUCACAAAAGUAUACGACAAAACGGCUUUCAUCUACAACAUGGUUGACCCAGUAACGGGUGAAGUUAUCCAAGUUGAUCCAAAUGACCCACGUGUUGCCGGAGCCAAAUCAACUGUGACUCAAACCCUUACGUUAACAGGCGAAAUCGAUCCGAAAACUGGACGGAUUAUUACAGAAUACGGUCAUAUUGAUCCAAAUACAGGAGAUAUCGAUCCAAAGACCGCUGUUCGUGAUCCUGUUACUGGAAAAUUGGUGCUCAAUUAUGCACAAAUCGAUCCCCGUCACUUUGCUAAACAAAAAGAACAAACGUCACCAGCAGGUGCGGCAAAGGACAAGAGUAAACCCACGGCACAACCCACUGUUGUUCAGACGACAACAAAACAAGUUCUGACGAAAUCUGGAGAUGGCGUCAGACACAACGUUGAAGAGGAAGUAAGAAAUUUGGGUACUGGUGAAGUCACGUACACUACACAAGAAUCAAAGGCUUCACCUACAAAGCCUUCAGCAGCUACACCAACAACCGAUCAGGCGGAAAGGCCAGCCCAUCUUGAUUUAACGGCGGACUUCCUUGAACGUGAGCGUUAUGCAAAAGAGCACCCACAAGCUACUCCGACGAAACGUGAUAGUACUAAGAUUUCGACUUCUCCAGCCACAAAAACACCACCAUCAAGCGCAGCUAAAUCAACACCACAAGCUUCACCUACGAAAGCAUCGCCAGCCGUAACCCCGUCAAAGAUCCCAUCAGCUAUUGGUACCCCAACUCGACCUAGCGCCGCUGCGUCUGUUGCGACGGCGAGUCUAACAUCACGUCCGGCCAAUUUGAAGCCAGUGAAAAUCCUGAAGAUCACUUCCAAACUGGACAAUAAGCGUGUUGAUACGGAGAAUGGAAAAGUCGAACAAUGCGUUGGAGUUUUGCACACUGAAGUGGGAACUAUUGAAUCUGAUUUUGGAUUAAUUAAUCCUAAGACAGGAACAAUCGAAGUAUUUAAUCCUAAAAUGCAAACAAAAGAAAUAUUGAAGGGACAAGUGGAUCCUAAAACGGGAAAUAUUAUUGUGCUAUCAGGUGUUAUUAAUCCUGAAACAGGCAAAAUUGAUAAUACUUUGGGUCAAGUGAUCAGCAUUGUUCCACACGACAAUCCUUUAGUGGAGUUAACAGUUAUUACUAGCAAACUAGAUCCUGGAAGCAAGCAGAUUGACACAAUAAACGGCGAUGUGGAGCAUUCUCUUGGUGUUUUUGAUACUGAAAAUGGAAUCCUGCACACGAAACUUGGUGAAAUUAAUACGAAGACUGGUCAAGUUAAAGCUGUUGACCCGAAAUCUGGAAAACCUGUUUCAAAAACUGCUAAAAUUGAUCCAAACACCAGCCAGAUAACUUUAAUUGGACUAACUGAUCCUAAAUCGGGUAAAGUGGACCAAACUGCUGGACAUUUGAUUGAGGUUGGUCGACAAAUCGAUCCUAUAGUCCAAGUUGUAUCAAUUUCUGGGAAGAUGGAUAAAAAGGGUAUUAUUGAUCCUAAGACAGCAGUUGUGGACACAUCUAUCGGGCAUUUCGAUCCAAAAGCUGGAAAAAUCAACACAAAACUUGGACAAAUCGAUCUAAACAAACAAACAAUCGCUAUUCAAGAGCCUAAGUCCGGUAAAACAGCGAUAAAAGAGGUGAAAGCGGAUCCUAUCACAGGUCAAAUUCUCCUUAAGAAUCAAAUCAACCCGAAAAUUGGUAAACCAGAAAAGGAUUAUGGACGUAUUGUGUCGUUGAGAAUUUUAGCAGCUACGGCAGGUCCUAAACCCCAAAAGACCGAAAUAUCAGAUAAGGAUGUUAUUAUUGACCCGAAGACUAAUCAAAUUUGGGUAGCAACCGGAAAUAAACAUCCAAAAACUAAACAACCCAUCUAUGUAUCGACAAGUGUUGAUCCCAAGACUGGCUACGUUAUCACGGUCUAUGGAUAUUUGGAUCCGAAGGUGAAUGAAGUUAAGAAGCAGACAAAGGUCGAUCCCAUUCUCCAAAGAGUGGAUCCUAGAAGUGGCAAAAUAUACACUGCCACCGGGGAAACUGAUGAAGUCACCGGUGAGCCUCUUUACGCUGCCACUCAGGUCGAUACAGAAACUGGCGAGGUUUACACGAAAGUGGGUAAAGUAGAUCCAACCACGGGAAAGUUGAUUUUGGUACGUGUCUACUUGGUUUCGAAACCGGAUGAGAAAGGUCAACCACAGGAACUGGACCCCAAAGUGUGCGAGGUUGAUCCAGACAGCGGAAAAAUUCUUAAAGUGUUCAAUAAGACAAUUUACGUUUAUAACAUGAUUGAUCCGAUUACGGGAGAGGUAAUUGAAAUUGAUUCGAAGGAUCCAAGAAUCGCGGGUGCUCGCAAGACCGUCACCCAAACUAUGACUUUAACUGGAGAAAUUGAUCCUGUAACCGGUCGUAUUAAGACGGAGUAUGGUCAUAUUGAUCCAGAAACUGGCGAUAUAGAUCCCGCUACUGCGGUACGGGAUCCUGUUACGGGAGUACUCAUCUUAAACUAUGCUCAGAUUGAGCCUAGUCACUUUGGAAAGGAAGUAACAAUCACUAAAGAGACAGUACCUAUAACGCGUGAUCAAUUCUUUGAAGGAGUUAAAGAAUCGGCGCCAGGUGCCACAACUCCUGCUAAACCUGCUAGUGAUUCAAGCAGAACUUCGAAGACUGAAUCGAAAAUCCCAAAGAUGAUAACUACGCCUACAUCUGCUGCAACAUCGCCUGUCGGUAGUCCCAGCAAAGUAAGCGAAACUACAACAACAACGGUAACAGUAACGAAUAAAGGUGAUGGUGGUGUUAAAGAAACAAAUCGGGAUACAGGAGAUGAUCAGGCCAAGCCUGCAACCGCUCCUGUUUUCGGCAGUGGUAUCACUAGUACUACAGCCCAACAACCUGAGAAGCCUGCCCACUUAGAUUUGACAGCGGCGUUCCUGGAAAAUGAACGGUACCUCAAGGAAAAACCAAGCUCUCCGAAGGCGAAAUCGGUACCCGCUGCAGCGAGGAGUCCAACCACGCCUUCCACUAAAACAGCAGCAUCCGCAACGAAGGUAGCCGCGACGCCAACAUCCUCAGCUCCUUCGGCUCCUACCGCUGCAGUUGUGCAACCACGUCCAGCUCACAGAAAGCCAGUGAAAAUUAUGCUAAUUACAGCUAAAUACGAUGCCCCAAACAAACGGGUAGAUACCGAAAAUGGCGAAAUCACCCAAUGCAAUGGUGUUCUCGACACAAAUACUGGCAUCAUAACUUAUAAGCAUGGCAAAAUUGACCCGAAAUCCGGCUCAAUCGAAAUCCUCGACCCCAGUACCAAGAAAACGGAAACAUUCAAAGGAGAAGUUGACCCCAAAACUGGCAAUAUUCAUUUAUCUUCUGGAGCAAUCGAUCCCAAGACUGGAAAGUUGGAGAAGUCUUUGGGCCAAGUUGUAUGCAUUGCACCACACGAUAAUCCACUAGUUGAUCUGACAGUUAUUACUGGUCGAUAUGAUCCAGCGAAAAAACAAGUGGAUACUAUCAACGGUGAAGUUGAACACUCUCUUGGCCUACUUGAUCCCGAGAGCGGUGUUAUUUCUACUAAAUAUGGUGAUAUCAAUACGAAAACUGGCGAAAUAAAAUCCGUGGAUCCGAAAUCUGGUAAAGCCGUGCUGAAACAGGCCACUGUAAAUCCCAACACAAGUCAGAUACUCGUGGUGGGCGUUCCAGAUCCGAAGACAGGAAAAACGGAUCAGAAUACCGCUCACUUAAUUGAAGUCGGAAAACAAAUUGAUCCUGUAGUGGAAGUAACCACGGUAUCAGGAAAAAUGGAUAAAAAGGGAUUAAUAGAUCCAAAGACUGUGGUAAUCGAGACGUCAGUUGGUCAAUUCGAUCCAAAGACGGGUAAGAUUGACACAAAAUAUGGUCAAUUUGAUUUGGCGAAACAAACAAUUGCAGCAAUUGAUCCAAAGACUGGAAAAACUGCAGUUAAAGAAAUCAAAAUUGAUCCAGUUUCUGGUCAAGCCGUCCUCAAGAAUCAAAUCAAUCCAAAGACAGGCAAACCUGAUAAGGAUUAUGGACGAAUUGUUUGCAUGAGGAUAGUUACUACUCGUAGAGACCCCAAAACACAAAAACCUGCAGUAAGUGAUGAAAAGAAGGUUGUAGUUGACCCGAAAAAUAAUCAAAUUUGGGUUCCAACGGGUAGCGCCGAUCCGAAAACAAAGGAAUUAGUAUACACGUCCAGCAGUGUUGAUCCGAAGACAGGCUAUGUAAUUACAAUUUAUGGCUACUUGGAUCCGAAGACAAAUGAAGUGCGACGGCAAAUUAAAGUGGAUCCAAACAUGAUCAAAGUUGAUCCCAGUAGCGGAAAAGUUUAUACCGCAACUGGAGAAACGGAUGAGAAGGGUGAGCCAUUAUAUUCAGCCACACAAGUCGAUCCAGAUAGUGGCGACGUUUACACAAAGGUGGGCAAGAUCGACCCAAAAACCGGGCGAUUGGUUAUCGUGAAAGUAUAUCUAAUAUCUAGGACGGACGAAGAAGGACGUCCCCAGGAAAUUGACCCAAGCACCUGCGAAAUCGAUCCAGAAACUGGUAGAAUUAUUAAAGUGUUCAACAAAACCGUUUACGUCUAUAAUAUGGUGGACCCAAUAACGGGCGAAAUCAUUCAAGUCGAUCCAAAUGAUCCUCGAGUUGCUGGAGCUCGAACGACUGUUACUCAGACAAUGACACUGACAGGGGAAAUCGAUCCAGUGACUGGAAGAAUUAAAACAGAGUACGGUCACAUCGACCCCAACACAGGCGAUAUCGAUCCUGCAACUGCCGUCCGCGAUCCUGUUACUGGAAAAUUAAUUCUCAAUUAUGCUCAAAUUGACCCAAGUCAUUUUGGCAAGGAAGUAACUAUUACCAAGGAAACCGUACCAAUUACCCGCGAGCAAUUCUUUGAGGGAAUCAAACACAUAAGCAAGAAAGGAUUACGACGAGAUUCAGAAGGUAGCAGCGACGAUGAUGUGGCACAAUAUGCUACCGAAAAUAUUAAGGAAAUGCAAAGCGGCCCACGAUCUCCGACGAAACAAUCUAGCACGCCGACUGUAGUGAAGACAACAACUAAACAAAUUAUCACAAAAACUGGCGAUGGUGUGACACAUAAUGUUGAGGAGGAAGUAAGGAAUUUAGGAACCGGCGAAGUGACGUUCUCGACGCAAGAACAUAAGGCUGAUGCCCCACGAGAUGAUACGAGCGGUGCGUAUAUGACAGCAACGGCUGUUACAACACGAACAGCCACGACACACGAAGAUUUAGGUAAAAAUGCAAAAACUGAACAGCUCGAAGAGAAAACAGUCGCAACAACCCGAACGCACGAUCCGAACCGACAACAGCAACGAGUUGUAACACAGGAAGUGAAAACGACAGCAACAGUAACGAGUGGCGAUCAGUUCCAAAGAAGAGAUAGUAUAUCAUCCACUAGCUCUGGCGAUUCAGGUACUCCCAUUGAUGGUCCGUUUGAGUAUCAGCCAAAACCAACGACAGCGCAACCUCAAGGUGAGCAACGACGUGUUGUUAUCGGAGAACAGACUCCAGGAUAUUCAGCACAUGGUGAAAUAGUAUCAUCUCAAACAGUGAGCAGUAAAACGAGGACUGUGGAAACAAUAACGUACAAAACUGAGCGAGAUGGUAUUGUUGAAACGAGAGUGGAACAAAAAAUAACAAUUCAAUCAGAUGGAGACCCAAUUGAUCAUGACAAAGCUUUGGCUGAAGCAAUACAGGAGGCCACAGCGAUGAACCCAGAUAUGACAGUCGAAAAAAUUGAAAUCCAACAACAAACACAGUAAAUCAAAUCGCUUUUUUCAUUUAACAAUUUGAAGGAGGACUCAGGACCAAAAUGUCGUUAAGAACAAAAUGUUUCAAAUUUAUUUAUAAAGCAAGUUAUAUAAUUGUAAUUAUGUGACACUGCAGUAAAGCAGCCUAUUUAAGUGCUAUAUUGAGAAAAAAAUUAUUGUAUUUUACAAAUGAAAGUUCAGAAUACAAUGUUCAGUGUUAAAUGUAUACCUACAGCCGUUGGUAAUGCUUUCGAAUCGUUGCAAGUAUUGCAGUAGCAAGCAGUAAAAGACAUGUCCUGUCUGGCUGUUUUCGUCCGAAAGCUGAUUGUAAUGCAUUCAAAGGAAAUGCAUCGAUGGUGCAGAUGCAGUUGUUCAUUGCAGUUUCGAUGCGAUCCAUACAACAGUAGAUGAGUUUAUUUCUUUUGAAAAUUAAAUGUUAAAUGAAUGUGUUCAAAACGAGUUUAAUUUCAUAGACUUGGACUAAAUGCAUGUAGCUCCUGCAUAAUGAAAUUCUACACAAGAAAAAUUUAGCUCUCUUCGCAUUUCAAUAAAUAUACAGAUUAUACAUUAGGGAAAUAUUACAUUUUUAUAUACAAGAAAAAGAUUUUCCAAAAGUAACAGUUUAGCUUUUUUAUCGUUUACAAAUUAAAUGUGGAAUUUACCUACAAUAUGUACAAAUAAGACAUUCAUUAACGUCGUUUAUGAUAAUAUUCAAAUAGCUUCUCGUUGACUGAAUCUAUAUCAACUCAAAUUCAAUGUAAAGCUUCCACGUUACAAUCAACAAAUCCAAUCCUAGAAAGGAAAUUAUACAAUUAAUACAAACAUUCUCUGAAUCUCCUUCUGUAGCUAUAAAUUUGCAGCAAAACAAAAAUAAAUGCGUACACAUGUAUUCGUACGUGAGCACUUUAGUGGAAAUUUUCCGGAAACCUUUUUUCAGCUUUCCUUCUCGAUUUUGAGUUUGUUUCAAUUUGAUUCGUAAUCACAGAUGAAUUACACUGAAAAGCUUCUAAAGCAACUUACUAUAUUUUAUGUUUAAUUUAUCUAACAUUCCAUUUUUUGUUGUUUUCUUAUUUAUGUAAUCUUUUUUGUUGGAUUUCAAUCACGAUGAAUAUUAUUUUUUUACUAAUAUGUAAUAAGUUUUACUGUUAUUUGGUAGUAAUUUCAGAGUUAUACAAACUUUUGUGUAGUUUUUUUUUAUUUUCAGUUAAGUAUAAGUAAAUUGCUUAAUAUAUAGAAAUAUUUUAAACAAGGAAAAAUUACAAACUAAAAAAACUAUUUUAUGAGUAUAUAUUUGCGAAAGAACAAAAGAAUAUAUAUAUAGGAAAUUCAAUGAUAAAAUGUUUUAUAAUAAUGUGAAUGUAUUACUGAAAACGCGAAAAUGAAAAUCAAGUAAACUGUGCAUUUAAAUUUACACACGCAAAUAAGAACGAGAAAUGCAAUCUAAAUAAAAUUAUUGAUGGAUUUAUUAUACAUCACGUUUACGUAAAAUGGAAAAAUAGUUACUAAGAAGCUUUGUAUUUUUUUUUAUUUCUUCUUUUUUUACAUUUUGUUCAUAUUUCUGAGAAUUCGAUGUAAUCCACUUUAUGUUUUGCAACAUCGUUUUUAGUAGAAUAGAAAAUGAAAUUCUAUUUACAUAUAUUUUCACAAUAUACACACACACACACAAAUAUAUAGAGGGGAGAAGAUUAGUGAUUUCUCCUUUUUCGUAUGUUUUGCCUUGGAAAAAUAAAGAUUUUAAAAUUUUUUGAGAAA